AUGGCAGUCUCCCUCAGCUUCUGUGUUGUCAUUGGCAAUUUGCACCCGGUGGUUGUGAGUCUCGUAGGCACCGAACCAAGGCUUUUUCCAGAACUGGCCAACCUCACGAUUCGGAUCGAAGUGAGCGAUUGGCUUCUGCUUUUUGAAGAGCUCUUCGAUAAGUUCCUGGACGGAAAAUCCUUGGGAAAAGGGCUGGUUCGGCCGAUUUACCUGGCCCGCGAGCGCGACCACAAGUUCAUCUACGCCCUCAAGGUCCUGCACAAGAGCGGGCUGCUAAAAGCCCGGGUCGAGAAACAGGUGCGGCGCGAGGCCGAGAUCCAGAGCAACCUCUGCCACCCUAACACCCUAAAGCUGUACGGACAAUUUCACGACAUCAAGCCUGAGAAUGUCCUCGUCGGUGUGCACGGGAAGACUAAGAUCUCGGACUUUGGCUGGAGCGUGCACGCGCCGGGGAAGCGCCGCACGACGUACUGUGGGACGCUCGACUAUCUGCCACCCGAGAUGGUGGCGGCGGGAGGGUCCGGCUCUGAUGGUUCCUACGACGAGAGGGUGGAUCUCUGGUCUUUGGGCGUACUGACGUAUGAGUUCCUCGAGGGCGAGGCGCCGUUUGAGGAUACGUUUGUUAUGACGACCAGGAGGAUCGCGAGGGGGGAUCUGCUCGUCGUCGACCCCGGUGGAAGACUACCCCUUGACCAGGUCCUCCAACAUCCUUGGAUUCCCAAGCACUGCCAAAGGAUCGAGCCGACUGCGCACCCCGAAGGUUGA